AUGUCCGACGUACGAUCUCUUUUACGGCAACAGCGCGCUGCUCGUCGCAUCGAACACCCUUACGCCUCUUACUCCGAAGCAGGCAAACUCCUCUGCACCCUCUGUCACGAGCAGAUCAAAACCGAGACGCUGUGGGACUCGCAUGUUCGCGGUGAAUCACAUAAGACUCGUUUGAUAAAAGCACAAACUGCAGCCUCUUCAAAUGGACGCAAUUCCCAGCAAUCCGCACAAAAAAGGAAACAUGACGAUACCGAAGAGGCCAUUGACGACGGAGACGGAGAUAUCGAGAUGGACGAUGGCAGGCGGAAACGAAACAAGACAGAAGAUCCAGAAGGUGAUAGUUCUAGGGACCAGAACUUAACCCCACCUCGGUUGACAAGAAGGACGUCGGCGACACCAUCACAAGGGAUCGAGAUGCAGAUUCCAUCGCGACCUGCAACCCCCGCAUACCGGGACGGCUCCUCAGCUUCUACCCCAGGAGGCCAGCCUAACAACCUUACCACCCAAAACGGAACCACCACCCUCCCCUCACGCCAAUCUAGUAGUCUGGUGACAGACGAGCGACAAGCUGCCACAUCAGCCUCAGUCGACGAAGCAGAGUGGGCAGCUUUUGAAGCCGACAUUGCUGCUACAACAGCGCCUUAUGACGAAGACGCAGUGAUUUCUGCCCCGGCCAUGACAACGGAGGAAGUUGCUGCUGCAGAGGCCCUGAAGGAGGCCGAGGCAGAAAAGCAACGCGCCCAGGUCGAUGCUGAUCUAGAAGAUGAAAAGGAAGAGGCGACCCGCGCGUUGGAGGAAGAGUUUGAGGAAAUGGAAGAGCUUGAAGCGCGCGUGAGGCGAUUGAAAGAGAAAAGAGAAGCCCUACGCAAACGUGGUGGAAGUUUUGGCCAAGAUGGUCAACCCGAGAAACCCACGACUCUGGGUAAAGAAAACCCAGAAACGCCAGUUAUCCAUGAGAGGGACGAGGAGGACGAGGAGGACGAAGACGAUGACGAGGAUGAUGAUUGGGAUGGCUUUCGAUUUCGAAAAGCCUAA